UCUAGCAUUGUUGUUAUAUAUAAUCAUAUUUGAUCAAGGUAUACUUUCCAUCUCAAGUUCAUUUGCUUUGGAGCUUCUAAUUUUUCUUGAAACAAGACUUUGAUUUCGUUCAUCUAUAACGUCAAAGCUUUUAUAGUAACGAGAGUUGAGAAGGUGAGAAUCAGAAUUUGAAUACGAUGGAGAAGGUGAGUCAGUAUGCGCGUGUUUUCAACCACUUUGAUGAGAACGGAGACGGGAGAAUAUCGGCGUCGGAGUUGCGGCAGUGCGUGGAGGCGAUCGGCGGGAAGGUGUCGUGGGCGGAGGCGGAGGCCUUGGUGGAGGUUCUGGACUCGGACAAGGACGGGUUGGUGGGGUUGGAUGAUUUUGUGAGGUUUGUGGAGGAAGGAGAAGAAGAAGAGAAAGUGAAAGAGCUAAAAGAGGCUUUUAAGAUGUAUGAAAUGGAAGGGUGUGGUUGCAUCACAGCAAAGAGUUUGAAGAGAAUGCUCGGUAGAUUAGGAGAGUGCAAAAGCAUAGAAGAGUGUGAAACUAUGAUAGCUAGAUUUGACCUAAAUGGAGAUGGGGUGCUUAGUUUUGAUGAAUUUAGGGUUAUGAUGUUGUAAAAUGCUUUCUCUAGUUUGUUUAUGAA